AUGAAAAUCCAAUGGAGUAGUGGCUUGCUUCUUUUCUUCAUCUUUGCAACUACAAAGUUCUGUUCCGGAGCUGAUAACACGAGCUCCGGAUGCUUUGAACACGAGAGGCGGGCUCUUUUGAGCUUCAAACAAAGCCUGACUUCUGAUUAUUCUAACCGAUUGUUAUCUUGGAACGGAACCAACUGUUGCCAGUGGCUAGGUGUGGGCUGUGAUAAUGCCACAGGUUAUGUUACUAGACUUGAUCUUGCAACAAAUUCUGAGCAGUUAGAUGGAACUGAAUUGCAUUCGUCUUUGUCCGAGUUGAGUCAUUUGAGUUACAUGGACUUGAGUGGCAACUAUUUUAGUGACAGCCCGAUUCCUGAGUUCAUCGGGUCAAUGACAAAGCUCAGGUAUUUGAAUCUUUCUUCAGCUGGCUUUUCGGGCGUGAUUCCUCACGGUAUUGGAAACCUAUCAAGUUUACAAGUACUUGAUCUUGGUGAUCGCAAUGACAUGAAACUGGUAGUUGAUGAUUUCACAUGGGUAUCACGUCUUUUGUCACUCGAAUAUCUUGAUCUGAGUCAUGUCAACAUUAGUACAGCUCCAAGUUUUGAUAAGGUAUUGUUUUAUAUGAUUCCUUCUUUACUAGAGUUACACUUAUCGAAUUGUGAACUUUCUAAUCAUCAUUUUAAUCAAACACAUGUUGAUUCUAAUGUUACACGUUCCACCAUCCAAACACUUGAUCUUAGUGGGAAUUCGUUUGAAGGAACAGUUCCAUACUUCUUACAAAACAUGACUUCUUUACGAGUUAUUGAUCUUUCUUAUAACAAACUCAACUCAUCUAUUCCUGUCAUGAACAAUGUUGUCGAACUCAAUCUAGCUGGAAAUAGAUUUCCGGGUAUUCAAGAUUCUGGGGUUUGGAGAUUCUGCAGGUUAAAGCGGUUGGAUCUUUCAUUCAACUAUAUGGAAGGGGGACUCACCGGGCCAUCUGGAUGUACUCGAUAUGGUCUCGAGACACUGAGACUAAACGACAACAAGUUAAGUGGCGAAAUCCCAAAUAUAAUAGAAAGGCUUACAGGCUUGAGACGAUUGUAUAUAGAUUAUAAUGAGUUAGUUGGAUCCAUCCCAGAAUCUUUAGGAAACUUGACUAGUUUGCAGGAAUUAGUUCUAUCUGGGAACCAAUUCACUGGCCCGAUUCCUUCGUCUCUGGGAAAACUAGUGGUUUUACAAAGACUAGAUUUAUCUGAGAACCUGUUAAAUGGGACAAUUCCGUCCUCAUUGGGACAACUCUCAAGUCUAGAGAUCUUGUAUUUGAACCUCAAUUCAUUGUCUUCAAUUCCAUCCUCGAUAGGAAACCUCUCAGAACUUCAAUUUCUUGACUUAUCAUCCAACUUGUUGCAAGGGUCACUUCCGGAUUCCAUUGGGCAACUUUCUAAACUUCAAUUUCUCGAUAUAUCCAAUAACUCUGUAUCUGGUGUAGUCACCGAAGCCCAUUUUGCAAACACAUCAAUGUUAAUACACUUGGCUGCAACCUCAAACCACUUAUUGAACUUCAAGAUGUCGCCCAAUUGGGAACCUCCUUUCCAGAUAAGAAAUGUUCUGCUCAGAUCUACCAAAAUCGACUCAGAAUUUCCUCAAUGGAUUAGAACACAGACAAAUAUUGUUAUACUAAUGCUUUCCAAUAGUAGCAUCUAUGGACCUCUUCCAGAUUGGCUUCAUGAGCUGCCUGUUAUCGAAAUCCUGGAUCUCUCCCACAACUUUCUUACUGGUCCCUUGACAAACCUUCCAUCCAACCAAACAAAAAGGCCAACAGAGCUUUUGAAUGCUUUUACCGAACGCUUAGCAGAUUAUGCUAGAGUGACAAGACUUCUGCUUCUUAAAAACAAUCUCUUCAACGGGUCAGUUCCAUAUGCAUUGUGUAAUUACACCGAUCUAAUUAUUCUUGAUCUCUCCAGAAACAAACUAUCUGGGAACCUCCCAGAUUGCUUUGGAAAUCUCCAAAAACUGAAUGUUAUGAUACUAAGUUCCAACCGGCUAUCUGGUGUCAUUCCAAGAUCUCUAGGAAACAUCGGUUCUUCAUUGCAAUGGUUACAUCUAAACAACAAUAGUUUUCAUGGUGAACUUCCAGAAACUAUGGCAAAUUUAACAAGUUUAGCUGUGUUAGAUUUGGGCGAAAACAGAUUCUCUGGAAAGAUACCGACAUGGAUAGGAAAUGAAAUCCAGUUUCUGGUAGUUCUCAGGCUCCAUGAAAACAACUUCACGGGUCGAAUUCACCAAGAAUUGUGUCAAAAUUCCCAGCUUCAAAUCUUGGAUUUUGGAGAUAAUAACUUAACAGGAACGAUCCCCCGCUGUUUCCAGAACUUGCGUGGAAUGACAGGAGCUGACUCGAACCUUUAUUUUUCUGGUGGGUUUGAGCAGAGUGUGAUCCAGGUAAUGAGAGGCGUGCCCCUCGAGUACACAACGAUAAUGAGAUAUGUAGUGAACAUGGACCUUUCAAGCAAUAAUUUGGCCGGAGAAAUACCCAAGGAGUUGACCCUUCUUUUGGGAUUAUAUGGUCUUAAUUUGUCAAAUAAUCAUCUCACGGGCCGCAUUCCUGAUAGAAUUGGCGAUAUGAGUUCCUUGACGUCUCUUGAUCUUUCUGCAAACAAUCUUUCAGGAUUGAUCCCACAUAGUAUUUCCAGAUUGUCAUUUCUUAGCCACCUUAAUUUGUCGCAUAAUAACCUAUCUGGGAGAAUUCCAACAGGAAGUCAGCUCCAGACACUCAUCGACCCAUCCAUAUAUGCUGGAAAUAACGAUCUGUGUGGUAGUCCGUUACCGAAAAGUUGCAAUCGUGAUGUUGUUGUGACAGUAAGCACCAUAAAUAGAGACGAAGACGACAAUAAUGUAGAGAUGAUAUGGGUUUAUGCUACGACAAGCGGUUUCAUAACAGGGUUUAUGGGAAUUUUGGGAAUUCUGGUGCUUAUGGAGAAAUGGAGACUUGCAAUUUUCACUUUUGUGGUAAAUUUGAUGGGCAAGGAUAUAGAAACUCAAAAGAAAAGUACGUGGUAA